GCCACCAAAGCCAUUGUGUACAUAGAAGAAUUGAACAGCAUGGCAGAUGUCACUUUUCCUUCUGUCCCUCAAAUUGUGUCCUUACUGAUGUAUGAUGACACUUACAGAGCCAGAGAGAGUGCUGGACCUGUGUCUGGUUAUCCUGUUGUCUGUAUCACGGCUUGCAACCCUAAAUAUCCAGACUAUGACAAAACAGGAUCCAUUUGUGCAAGUGAGAACAUCAAUGACACUUUGACCCGGUACCGAUGGCUGAUCAGCGCACCCGCGGGCCCCGACGGAGUGACCAGCCCCAUGAGAGAGGUGGACUUUGACACCUUUUUCACUUCAUCCAAGAGGAUCAGUUUAGACUCCAUAUACUUUCAGCCUGGCUCCAGGGUGCAGUGUGCGGCUCGGGCUGUGAAUGCCGAUGGCAAUGAAGGCUUGGAGCUGAUGAGCCCUACCGUAACCAUCGGCAGAGAAGAAGGUCUUUGUCAGCCCCGGGUGCCAGGGAUAGUGGGAGCAGAGCCCUUCUCAGCUAAAUUGCGCUACACGGGUCCCGAGGACCCAGAGUACACAAACCUCAUCAAGCUCACUGUCACCAUGCCCCACAUAGACGGCAUGCUCCCUGUGAUUUCCACCAAGGAGCUCUCCAACUUUGAGCUCACCCUCAGCCCUGAUGGCACACGAGUUGGAAACCACAAAUGCUCCAACCUCCUGGAUUAUACUGAAGUAAAGACCCACCAUGGGUUCUUGACUGAUGCUACCAAAAAUCCAGAAAUAAUUGGAGAGACGUAUCCUUACCAGUACAGCUCAUCUAUCAGGGGUUCCAAUACCUUACGCUUCUACCGAAAUCUGAACCUGGAAGCCUGCUUAUGGGAGUUCGUUAGCUACUAUGACAUGUCAGAGCUGCUCACGGACUGUGGAGGCACCAUUGGAACCGAUGGACAGGUCCUAAACCUAGUGCAGUCCUAUGUGACUCUUCGAGUCCCUCUGUACGUUUCCUACGUGUUCCAUUCCCCCGUUGGGGUAGGAGGCUGGCAGCAUUUUGACUUGAAGUCAGAGCUUCGUCUAACUUUCGUGUAUGACACUGCCAUCUUGUGGACUGAUGGAAUUGUCAGCCCCCCAGAAGCUGAACUCCAAGGUUCUCUCUACCCAACUAGCAUGCGCAUCGGUGAAGAGGGGCGUUUGGUCGUGAACUUCAAGACAGAGGCUCAAUUCCAUGGCUUGUUUGUGCUGUCACAUCCCGCGGCCUUCACCAGCUCCAUGAUCAUGUCAGUUGAUCACCCAGGUCUAAUGUUUUCCCUACGUCUCAUAAGGAGUGAACCAACCUAUAACCAGCCAGUCCAGCAAUGGAGCUUUGUAUCUGACUUUGCAGUACGUGACUACUCGGGGACCUAUACUGUAAAACUGCUGCCAUGCACCACUCCAUCACACCAGGAGUACCGCCUGCCAGUCAACUGCAACCCCAGAGAGCCUAUCACUUUUGACCUUGACAUCCGAUUCCAACAGGUCAGUGAUCCAGUGGCAGCUGAGUUUAGCUUGAACACCCAAAUGUACCUACUCUCCAAGAAGAGUCUCUGGUUGUCUGAUGGAUCCAUGGGAUUUGGACAAGAGAGUGAUGUUGCCUUUGCAGAAGGCGAUACAAUUUAUGGUCGGGUCAUGGUGGAUCCUGUCCAGAAUCUAGGUGAUUCCUUUUACUGCAGCAUUGAGAAGGUGUUCCUGUGCACCGGAGCUGAUGGCUACGUUCCCAAGUAUAAUCCAAAGAAUGCAGAAUAUGGUUGCUUGGCUGGCUCUCCUUCACUCUUAUAUAGAUUUAAAAUUGUGGACAAAGCUCAGCCAGAGACACAAGCCACCAGUUUCGGAGAUGUCCUGUUUAAUGCCAAACUGGCAGUGGAUGACCCUGAAGCUAUCUUGUUAGUGAAUCAGCCCGGAUCCGAUGGAUUUAAAGUCGACUCAACACCACUCUUUCAGGUCUCUCUGGGUCGAGAAUGGUACAUACACACCAUCUACACAGUAAGAUCCAAAGACAACGCCAAUCGAGGCCUUGGCAAACGAAGCGUGGAGUACCAAUACCACUCUCUGGUGAGUAAAGGGAAGCCCCAGGCAACUUCCAAGAGCCGGAAGAAGAGGGAAAUCAGGAGCACACCCCCGCUGGUGUGGGAAAUCGGGGCUGAAAACAACCGAGGAACAAACAUCCAACACAUCGCCCUGGACCGCAGCAGCAGGAAGCAGAUCCCCCAGGGGAGGGUUCCUCCUGACGGCGUCCUCCCCCGGGAGCUCAACCGUCCCACCUCUGAGGUCAGUCUGGUCAUGGUGGUGGGAGGCGUCGCGGUGGGACUCCUCGCACUCUGCCUCACUGCCAUGGCAGUGAUGAUGCGCCAGGGCAAGAGUGGCAGGAGAAAGGACACCCCCAAGGGCUCCGGCAGCACCGAGCCCAUGAUGCCCCCGCGGGGCCCCCGCAGCGACAGCUCAGAGGUUUGA